AUGCAGCCAGAUCCCGGCCCCAGGGCACAGUAUGACCUGUCCGGGACCAGAGCAGCCCUCAUCUUGGCUGUGAUCCAAGGUCGGUCUGGGGCCCAACAUGAUGUGGAGGCUCUGGGGUCCCUGUGCCAGAGCCUGGGCUUCAAGACCACCGUGAGGAUGGACCCUACAGCCCAGGCCUUCCAGGAGGAGCUGGCCCAGUUCCAGGAGCAGCUGGACACCCACAGGGGCCCCGUGAGCUGUGCCCUGGUGGCCCUGAUGGCCCACGGUGGUCAGCAAGGGUGGUUGGUAGGGGCAGACGGGCAAGAGGUACAGCCGGAGGCCCUGGUGCUGGAGCUGAGCCGCUGCAGGGCACUGCAGGGCCACCCCAAGAUCUUCUUGCUUCAGGCCUGUCGUGGGGGGCAUAGGGACGCUGGCUUGGGGCCCACUGCUCUCUCCUGGUUCUGGCGCUGGCUGUGGGCACCUCCAACUGUCCCCUCGCACGCAGAUGUCCUCCAGGUCUAUGCCGAUGUCCAAGGUAGCUCCUCUGGGGGCCCUGCUCCAGGGAGCUCCAACCACGCAGACAUCCUGACGGUCUAUGCUGCAGCUGAAGGAUGUGUGGCCUAUCGGGAUGGGAAGGGCUCGGACUUUAUCCAGACACUGGUGGAGGUCCUCCAAGCCGACUCCGGCAGAGACAUCCUAGAGCUGAUGACUGAGCCUUGGCCAGGGGCUGCCCACUGGACGUCAGGCCGAGCCUCACAGUGGGGAGUCUUGGGCAAUGGCCAAGAGUGGUCCUGGCAGGUCAACAGGCGGGUGUGUGAGCUGGACACGCUGGGCCCUGACUCUGACAAGCUUCGCAAGACCUGCCUGGAGAUCCGAAGCUCACUACAGCGCCAGCUCUGCCUGAGAGCCUGA